AUGUCGGUCUUGACCUGUUUGUGGCUGGAGGACUUCUCUGAUAGGCAUUCAGAUGAUUUCUGGGAAGAUGCGGGAGCCGUGUCUUUGUGGAGAGCCCCUGCCAUGCCUGCGUUCGAAGUCCAGCCCCUUCCAGCUGAGGCCCACGAAGGGAGCGUGGCUCGGUUUGCCUGUAAAAUAUCUGCCAACCCUCCAGCCGUCAUCACCUGGGAACUCAAUCGGACAGCCUUGCCGACGGCCACGGACAGAAUUACUGCAUUACCUUCAGGAGUGCUGCAAAUCUACAACGUCCAACCAAAGGAUGCCGGGAAUUAUCGUUGCGUCGCCACCACUCCGGCCAACCGGCGGAAGAGCGCAGAGGCCUCCCUCACAGUUCUUGCAGCCUCAGCCACCAAGUCUUUCCAGAAGCCAGCCAUCGUAGCCGGGCCCCAGAACAUGACGGCCUCCCUCCACCAGACGGUCGUCUUUGAGUGCCUGGCCACAGGGCAGCCGAAGCCCAUCGUCUCCUGGAGCCGCUUAGACCACAAGUCCAUCGACGUGUUCAACACCCGCGUGUUGGGCAACGGGAACCUCAUGAUCUCCGACGUGAAAGCGCAGCACUCGGGCGUCUACGUCUGCCGGGCGACGAUCCCGGGCACGCGCAACUUCACCACGGCGAUGGCCACUCUCCUGGUGCUUGCUCCCCCUUCGUUUGUGGAAUGGCCGGAAAGCUUGACGAGGCCUCGGGCUGGCACUGCCCGCUUUGCCUGCCAGGCGGAGGGCAUCCCGGCUCCCAGGGUGACCUGGCUGAAGAACGGGCGGAAGAUCCAUUCCAACGGCAGGAUUAAGAUGUACAACAGUAAAUUGGUGAUCAACCAGAUCAUUCCUGAAGACGACGCCAUCUACCAGUGCCUGGCGGAGAACAGCCAGGGCUCCCUGCUGGCCCGGGCCCGGCUGACAGUGGUCCUGUCCGAAGACCGGCCCAGCGCCCCCUGCAACGUCCACGCGGAGACCAUGUCCAGCUCCGCCAUUCUCCUCGCCUGGGAGAGGCCGCUGUACAACUCGGACAAAGUGAUCGCCUACUCCGUCCACUACAUGAAGGCGGAAGGUCUGAAUAACGAAGAAUAUCAGGUGGUCAUUGGCAACGACACCACCCAUUACAUCAUCGACGACCUGGAGGCGGCCAGCAACUACACCUUCUACAUCGUGGCCUACAUGCCCAUGGGGGCCAGCCAGAUGUCUGACCACGUGACUCAGCACACCCUGGAAGAUGUCCCUCUGAGAGCUCCUGAAAUCAGUUUGACCAGCCGCAGCCCCUCGGACAUCCUGGUCUCCUGGCUGCCGAUUCCCGCCAAGUACCGGCGAGGCCAGGUGGUCUCCUUCCGCCUGUCGUUUCGGCGCAGCGCAGAGAGCGCCGUCCAAGCGGUGGAGCUCCCAGGCUCGACAUACGAGCAUCUGCUCCGAAACCUAAAUCCGGACACCGUCUACCUGGUCCGGAUUGCAGCGGCCACUCGGAUUGGCUGGGGGGAGGCGUCCCUGUGGACUUCCCACCGGACUCCGAAGGCCACCAGUGUCAAAGCCCCGAAGUCUCCGGAGCUGCGCCUGGAGCCCCUGAACUGUACGACCAUCGCCGUGAAGUGGCAGCAGGACCUGGCGGACACGGCCGCCAUCCAGGGCUACAAGCUGUACUACAAGGAGGAGGGCCAGCAGGAGAGUGCCCCCACCCUGCUGGAGGCCAGCGUCCUGACACACACCAUCAGCGGCUUGGAUCCCCGAAGGAAGUACCACGUCCGGCUCCUGGCCUACAAUAGCUUGGAGGAAGGCUACCAGGCGGAUCAAACCGUCAGCACCCCGGGAUGCGUCUCUGUCCGGGACCGCCUGGUGCCGCCUCCGCCUCCCCCUCACCACCUUUAUGCCAAAGCCAACACCUCGUCCACCAUCUACCUCCACUGGGGGCGUCCGGCCUUCACCUCCGCGCAGGCCAUCAACUACACCGUCCGCUGUAACCCGGUGGGGCUCCAGAACGCCUCUUUGGUCCUCUACCUUCAAACGUCAGAGACUCACCUGCUGAUCCAGGGGCUGGAGGCGAGCACCAGGUACGAGUUUGCCGUUCGGCUGCACGUGGACCAGCUGUCCAGCCCGUGGAGCCCGGUGCUGUACCACACGACGCUGCCAGAAGCACCCUCUGGCCCCCCGCUGGGAGUGAAGGUGACUCUGAUCGAGGAGGACACUGCGUUGGUGUCCUGGAAGCCGCCGGACGGGGAGAGGACGGCCGUCUCCCGCUACACCAUCCUCUACGCCUCCCGGAAGGCCUGGAUUGCUGGAGAAUGGCAGGUCUUGCACAGAGAAGGCACCAUAACGAUGGCUUUGCUGGAGCACCUCCUGGCGGGGAAUGUCUACGUCGUCCAGAUCGCUGCCUCCAACGAGGCGGGGGAAGGGCCCUUCUCCAGUGCCGUGGAGCUGGCUGUCUCGCCGAAUGAAAUGUCCGAGUCCAACCAGAGGCCCAAGCGGCUAGACUCUGCCGGUGCCCCUGAGACAGCUCCCUCUGGCUACUACCCACUGGACCAGAAGUCCAUGACCGGCAUCAUCGUGGGCGUCUGCAUCGCCCUCACCUGCAUCUUGCUCUGCAUCCUCAUCCUCAUCUAUCGCAGCAAAGCCAGGAAGACUUCUGCCUCCAAGAGUCUCCCGCCAGGCUCCGGCCCUCGCCCUCGCGGUAACCUCUCUUCCGCUGGAGCGGGCGAGGUGGGCAAGAGCGUGGAGGGCAUCGCAGAGAACGAGGAAGCGCUGCUGCCCAUGAUGGCGGGGAACAGCUUCUUGGAUGCCAAGGGAGGCACUGAUCUGAUCAUCAACAGCUUCGGCCCCAUCACAAAGAGCAGCUCUAAGAAGAAAUGGGCGUUCUUCCAAGAACUGAGAAAGGGGAAGCUGGAAGAGCCCCAGAAGCAGUGUGCCCAAGCAGCGUGCGUCUACCAGGCGGGUGCUGCUGUCCUCUAUGCCGAGGGACAGCCUUGUGGAGCUGCAGAGCCCGGCUACCAGGCGGGGUAUGGCAUGGCGGCUGACACGGAGCAUUCGGCCAACAGCGAAGGCAGCCACGACACUGGCGAUUCCGGAAGGUUCUCCCAUGAGUCCAGUGAAGAGCUGCCCCUCUCCGUGGGCGCCGGGGCUUCCUCUGCCACCUCCGUCUCUUGGGAAGGCCCCGACAUGCACGUGCCCCCCACCUGUCCCGUCCUGAGUGCCUCCAAAGAGCCACCUGACCAAAGACCCCCGUCCCCACUCCGCCUCCCGCCGCCGGGACAGAACUGA